GAAAUGGACUUAGAUCAGCAGCAAAUGCAUAUUAAACCCCUACAGAACCAGGAAACAUCUGAAAAGGAAAUGUAACUGAACCAGGUGUGGUAGCACAUUCCUGUAAUCCCAGCACUUGGAGGAUGAAGAAGGAUGACUGACGAGUUUGAAGUAAGCCUGGGCUACAGAACCAGACCCUGAUUCCACAAUCAAUCGAGAAAUAAACGCUGUGGGAGAUGGCUCAGCGGUUCACACACACACACACGCACAAUCCCACACACGUUCUGUACAUAUAUACCUACAGAGGCAAAACACUCAUACACAUAAAAUUAAAAAAUAGAUGAGUACCCACAACUACCUAAUAACGUCAUUAGAAUAUUCCUCCCACAUAUUCGGGUGAGACUGUAUUUGUUUCAUACGAUUUGACCAGGUUAAGUACAAAAGAUGUGGAAAUCCAGCGUCUUCCGAUGAGACAGAUAAGGACUCGCCAAUACAGAAAGUACAAAAAGACCGACACGUCUUACUACACUGCUCAUUUUGAAAACGAUUUAUCCUGUUUUAUUGUCAACACAAUGGGUUAAUAUUAUAAAUCAACUAAAUACAUUUAAAGGUACUGAUUUCUAAUAUUUACAAAUAUAACUCACAGUAACAUUUUUCUUUGGGAAACUCGGUAAUUUCUAAGGGCACAUGAAGACCCUGAAACUAGAAUAAAGUCUGAAAACCAACUUGAAAGCUCCAAGGAGCCGCCAUGAGGCAGAGCCAGAGCUCCCUGGCUGCCGGAGAGAAGAUUUAGGGUAAAGCCUCGGGUUCCCCGCAGUGGCUCCCGGAUGGUGUCUCCUGGGAGCAGCUCAACCCCCGGGGAUUCCUGGUUUCCAAAGAGCAUCACUUCCCGGUCUUCCAAACUGAGUGGGAUUCCUCUCCCCGGACACUGGUGACGCGACCACCAUUCUCCCUCCCAUUGGGUGUUGGGCUUUUACAGACGCCAGUCAGCGUCGCUGUGGUUCCGGGUUGUAAAGAGAACACAAACCUGCGCGGACUCGGCGUCUCCACAGCCCUGAGGAUGGAGGCGACGGCGCCGCGUAUCCUCCUCCAGCUGCUCACCGUCGCUCUGGCCCUGACCCAGACCCGCGGGGGUUUGCACUCGCUGCGGUACUUCGGCACCGCCAUGACCCAGCCGGGCCACCGGGAGCCCCGGUUCGUCGCCUUCGGGUACGUGGACGACACGCAGUUCGUGCGCUUCGACAGCGACGCGGAGAAUCCCCACGAGGAGCCCCGCGCACGGUGGAUGGAGGCGAAGGGGCCGCAGUACUGGGAGCGGCAGACGCGCAGCGCCAAGGCCAACGCGCAGAUCUUCCGGGAGAACCUGCGGGCCCUGCUGCGCUCCUACAACCACAGCGAGGACGGGUACCACACCAUCCAGUCCAUGCAGGGCUGCUACAUGGGGAGUGAUGGGCGCUUCCUUCGCGGGUACUACAAGACGGCCUACGAUGGCGCCGACCACAUCUCCCUGAACGAGGACCUUCACUCCUGGGCCGCAGCAAACAAGGUGGCCACGAUCACCCAGCGCAAAUACGAGCAGACAGGUGAGGCAACGCACCACAGGGCCUACCUGCAAGUUACGUGCAUGGAGUGGCUCCCCAGCCAUCUGGAGAACAGGAAGGAGAUACUGCAACGUGCAGAUCCUCCGAAGACACAUGUGACCCAUCACCCCAGACCUGAUGGAGACGUCGCCCUGAGGUGCUGGGCUCUGGGCUUCUACCCUGCUGAGAUCACCUUGAUAUGGCAGAGGGAUGGGGAGGACCAGACCCAGGACAUGGAGCUUGUGGAGACCAGGCCUGCAGGGGAUGGAACCUUCCAGAAGUGGGCAGCUAUGGUGGUGCCUUCUGGGGAGGAGCAGAGAUACACAUGCUAUGUGCAGCAUGAGGGGCUGCCUGGGCCCCUCACCCUGAGAUGGGUUCCAUCUAGCCAACCCACUGUCCCCAUUGUGGGAGUCAUGGCUGGCCUGGUUUUCCUUUGCGGUGUGGUCAUUGUUCUUAUGUGGAGGAACUUACCAAGCAGGAAAGGUGAGAAGAGUGUGGUCUUAUGUUUAAAUUUUUAUUUUGUGUUUUGCCUGCUUGUAUGUAAGUUCACCCGUGUCCUGCAAAGCCCAAAGGUAGAAGAGGUGGCUAUGUUCAGGCUGCUAGUGAGUAUGGAGGAGCUGGUCCCUGAGCGCCCUGGGGUAGUGUAG